AUGCACGAUACUACCGAGAAUCCUCCGCUUAUCAACUCCGCCUUUGUUCCGCUCCCGCCUUUCCUCUCUUCAUCUUCUUCCCUCUUCAAUCUUCCUCUUCCUCUCUCCAACCUACAAUUUACAACCCCCGAUAACGUCUCCCACCCUCCCUACAAUGCCCCCCUCGCAGCCUCCCUGAUCUCUACUCUCGUCAUGGAUGCGACCACUCCGCUGCCCCCGACUCCCUCCGUUCUGGGCCAUCAGAAGCGACCCCGCGUUUCGGAAGAAAACCGCAAGCGUGCCGUGAGAGCAUGCGACGGCUGUCGUCGCGUCAAGGAAAAAUGUGAGGGCGGCGUGCCCUGUCGUCGCUGUCUCCGCUAUCGCCGCCAAUGCAUCUUCACCCAUCCCGAUCAUGCCGAGAAACUCGCUCGCUCGUCCUCCGUCUCCGCCGAGCGAAGCGGGCUCACUCGCUACAACCUCGCCGAGGCCGAACGCAUCCGCUACAUGGAACGCAUCCUGCACCAUUUUGUCCCCAACCUCUCCUUCGAUAUCCAGUCGCUGCGCAAGACCGCCGAUGAACUGAAGCAGAAACACCGAAGUUCCGAUUCCGACGCUGGCCCUUCUAUCCGUCUGGAGAACGAGGAUUUCGAGGACCUGGCCAUUGACGAUGAGGAUUUUACCAUCAAGGCUUUGCCGGACAACACCACCCAAUAUUCCGGCGAAUUUUCCUAUCUGAAUUUCUCGAUGAAAAUCCGCAAGAAGAUUGAUGAAUGGAUGAAGACUACAUCUCCAGAGACCUCCACCGAAACCGAACCCUUUGAAGAGCGAUGGCGCACCACCCAGCUCCAAUCCGGCUCCUCCCAGGUCUCCGCCUCCAUUACCUGUCUCCCGCCCCGUUUUGUCGCCGAUUUCCUCGUCCAGAUUUUCUUCAAAUACGCCCAGACCAAUAAUUUCUACGUCGAAGAAGAUUGGUUGCGCGAGAAGCUCAACGUCUGCUACACCAACCCCUCCAGUCUCUCCUGCAACGACGCCGGCUCCGUCUGCUCCAUUCUCAUGGUUUUGGCUGUUGGCACCCAGUUUGCGCACAUGGAGUCGGCCACCCCUGUGAAUCGACUGUCCAUGGACCCGGCCGCAUUGGAAGACCAUCAUUUCUCCGAAGAUGAAGUCGGACUGACCUUUUACCAAUUUGCCUCCAAACUCUUGCCGGAUAUCAUUGCCACCGCCUCGAUUCGCAGUGUACAGGCCUGUCUACUUAUCGGAACAUACCUCUUACCGCUUGAUACGUCCGGCCUCUGCUAUACAUAUUUUGGCCUCGCUUUGAAAAUGGCAAUCCAAAACGGCAUGCAUCGGAAAUACCUCGGAGAAGGGCUGUCCCCGCGCAUGAUCGAAGUUCGCAACCGCGUAUUUUGGACUGCAUAUACCAUUGAGAAGCGCGUGAGUAUUCUCCAUGGGAGGCCCGUUUCGCUGCACGAUGGCGAUGUCGACGCGGCCCUGCCGGUCGACUUUCCCGGGUUGAUGCCCCAUGGGCAGAUCUCCAACCAUAGUAACAUGAUUGCCUUGAUUACCUUGACCCUGAAACUUGGGGAGGUUGCCAACGAAAUCUCUGUCCUUCGAAAAUCCCCCAAGGGCCAACAGCAGGAUUGCCUCGAACGCUUGCUCAACCUGCGCAAAUCGCUGGUCGACUGGUGGGGAAGCCUGCCAGAAGAGACGGAUUGUCGCGAUCUGACCCCAACUGGACCCCUCUUCCGGUCCAACGUCCAUCUGAAGCUGGAUUAUUGUUUGACGCGCAUCUUCCUCGGCCGACCAUUCCUCUUCAGUAACAUGAAAGCCAUCAGCGUGACGACCCUCCAGUUCAAGACUCCGUCGGGUCUCGCCAAAAACCGCUCCACUCUCGUCACCGAUUGUGUCGAGGCCGCCCUGGAGAUCAUCGAUCUCUGCCGGCUGCUCCGAGAUGAGGCCGGCCUGGCCCGCGCCUCUUUCACCGAGUUCAGCUCGUGUCGCGCCGCCCUUCUGGUCAUCCUCGCCCAGAGUCUCACGAAACGGACCGAACGACUGCGCGAGGCUCUGGAGAAAGGCAUGGGGCUGAUCAAAAUCAUGUCCAUGGGAGUGGGCUCCGCACGGUCUGCCGUCAGUGUCAUCGAAGCCCUCGAGAGGGCCAUCCGACGGUUGGAAGAAUGGAGUGAAACCCAGGCUCCGGGAUCCACCGGGAUGAUGGAAUCGGCCUAUGAUCGAUUCAAGAAUUGGGAGAUGCUGUGGAAGACCGGUCCCAUCUCGCCCGAGACGAUCCCCUUUCAAGAGCCAUUCCGCCCUGGACAACCGGGCCUGCAGCAUGUGCCGGUGACGCCCAUGACCGGCACCUCCAACGGCCACGAACAGAUGGACGCGGACGUCGCGAGCACGGAUAUGGCCACCUCGGACUUUUCCACGUCUCAUCCCACGUUGUCGGAUAUUCCGCAAUUCGCGUUGGACCAUUUUGUCUCCAACCUCCCGCAAGAGCUCGGUGAAUUCACCGCCAUUCCCUGUUUUGAGCCCGACCAACAGGGUCUGUCUGCUGAUAUGAAAGGGUCGGACUCGGGAUGGAUGCAGUUCAUGAGUGAAUGA